CUCUACGUGUGGGUUCCUUCGAGGCGGUGCAAAACUUGGACGCAUAUUUACUGAAGGGUUCGCCCAUUCGGUUGACUGGAUUCGCGAUAACAAUGCUCAUCAUUGUAUUUUCUCUGACUGGUGGUUAGGAAUCUAUUGCGGGACAACCCAGGAUCAAACAAUGAAAAGCCCGCCCCUCUGUUCACUUUAACGCGACAGAUAUGUAGUCUAUAGCAGCUAUAACUCAACUCGGCCUGAUGGUCGCCGCAACUCUCCGCGGUUCAGGACGCAAGUUGCCAUGACGAACUUCUACGAUGGCAGUCGGUCGGCUCAGUCCUAUCCCUUCGAUAAGUAUACAUCCCUCUUGGUGUUCUUCGCGCAAUCUGUAGGCGACAACUUAACUGUGCCCAUCGACUUCGGUGAUACCAGAGGAAUUGCCUUUGGGUACAAUGCUAAACUCGACAUAUAUACCUCCGGGGACGCUGCGUAUGACGUCACCGUCAAGAAUUUGGUUACUCGAGGUCAAGUCAUCAGAAUAUAUGCGCUCAUCAUCGUCAUAGGCAUAUGGAUGAUCACGAUCACAUUUGUCUUGGCCUGUAUCGUAUGCGUGUUUCUCGGGAAAGGUGUCAGAGUCGAGGUCUUAGUGUUACCGGUCACAACCCUGUAUGCUUUCACCCAAUUGCGGGGCACGAUGCCUGGUGCGCCGGGUGGUUUUGGCGCGGACAUCGAUUUCGUCGGAAUUCGCGCCUGCUUGGCGCUGCUCACCUUCUCGUCCGUCUUCAUUUGCGCCGUCUUUCUCUUCCGUAAUCCGGAGGAGAACACGCCUAGGUGGCACCAUUUGUUGCAUGCCGGCCAAGCAAACGGCUAUUACGCGACGGACGACCAGGAAUCGCCCAAGCAUAAGGAUGUGCCGGUUUAGAUGCCCUGAUAUUUGUGCAGAAUGCUUCUCACAGCAAGUGCGGCCCCCGUGCUGUCUGAUCACAAAAUUCACGUCGGUUUCUCGAAUUCAUUUUCGCCAAUGGUUGCUACCUGUCUCGUAC